CCAGAGUUAUCACCCAUGCCCUCCUAAAAGGGCGUCUCGAAGCGCAUCUUGCUGCAAAGCUGAAUUCAGGACCCAGGAGACCAGGACUAAAAUUAAAUCUCACUGGACUUCGAGUGCGAGAUUGACCCGAAGAAAUGGACUGGCUUCUUUCCAGAAACAUUGGCCUCUUCAUCAUUGUCACGGUGGUGCUGGAAGUAAACAGUGAAUUUAUUGUUGAGGUGAAAGAAUUAGACAUUGAAAAUGGCACGACAAAGUGGCAGACCGUCAGAAGACAAAAGCGGGAGUGGAUCAAGUUUGCUGCGGCCUGUCGAGAAGGCGAGGACAACUCGAAGAGGAACCCAAUUGCCAGAAUUCGAUCAGACUGCGAAUCAAACCACAAGAUUACAUACCGGAUCUCUGGGGUAGGGAUUGAUCGCCCACCAUACGGAGUAUUCACCAUUAAUCCUCGCACUGGGGAAAUUAACAUCACUUCUGUGGUAGACAGAGAGAUAACUCCACUUUUUUUGAUCUAUUGUCGGGCCCUGAAUUCAAAGGGUGAAGAUUUAGAAAGGCCUCUUGAGCUUAGAGUCAAGGUUAUGGACAUAAAUGAUAACGCCCCAGUCUUUUCACAAAGUGUGUACACGGCCAGCAUUGAAGAAAACAGUGAAGCAAAUUCUCUGGUAGUAAAGUUAAGUGCCACAGAUGCAGAUGAAGAAAAUCAUCUGAAUUCUAAAAUUGCCUACAAGAUCAUCUCUCAGGAGCCUGCAGGUGCACCAAUGUUCAUUCUGAACAGAUACACUGGAGAAGUCCGCACCAUGUCCAGUUUCCUUGAUAGAGAGCAACACAGUAUGUACAAUUUAAUUGUGAGGGGCUCGGACCGGGACGGUGCUGCAGAUGGACUAUCUUCCGAGUGUGACUGUAGAAUCAAGGUUGUAGAUGUCAACGAUAAUAUCCCCACCUUAGAGAAAACUUCAUACUCAGCAAGUAUUGAAGAGAAUUGUUUAACCUCAGAACUGAUGCGCUUACGAGCCAUUGAUCUUGAUGAAGAAGGCACUGAUAAUUGGUUGGCAAGAUAUUUAAUUCUCUCCGGAAAUGAGGGGAAUUGGUUCGAAAUUCAAACAGACCCAAAAACCAACGAAGGCAUUUUGAAAGUUGUCAAGAUGCUGGAUUAUGAACAAGCGCCUAAUAUUCAUCUUGGCAUCGGGGUUAGAAACCAAGCAGAUUUUCACCACUCUGUUGCUUCUCAAUUCCAAAUGCACUCAACUCCUGUGAGAAUUCAGGUUGUUAAUGUGAAAGAAGGACCCACGUUUCACCCAAGUUCUUUGACUUUUAGUGUGCCGGAAGGAAUAAAAGGAGAUUCCUUAUUGAAUUACGUGCUUGGCACGUACACAGCCAUAGACCUGGAUACAGGCCAUCCUGCAACAAAUGUCAGGUAUAUCAUAGGGCAUGAUGCAGGCAGCUGGUUAAAAGUCCAUUCAAGAACUGGCAAGAUACAAUUUUCUAGGGAAUUUGAUAAGAAUUCAAAAUAUAUUACCAAUGGGAUAUAUACAGCAGAGAUCCUGGCUAUAGAUGACAGCUUAGGAAAAACUGCGACAGGAACCAUAUGCAUCGAGGUUCCCGAUGUUGACGACCACUGUCCAGACGUGUUUCCUCACAGAGGAACCAUCUGCACUGACUUUCCAUCAGCCGUCAUCUCUGUCAGCGAUGAUGCCUACGGGGCACCCUUUUCCUUCUGCGUCGUUGAUGACCCACCAGGAACAGUUGAUAUGUGGGAUAUCAUACCAAGAAAUGCUACCUCCGCAAUUCUUAGAACUGAGCAGCCUUUACUUCUGGACCUUUACCAAAUCCCCAUUGUAGUGAAGGACAGAUACAACAGAAUAUGUGACUCCCCACAGAUGGUGCAGUUGUACACCUGUGAUUGUGACAACAACCACAUGUGCUUGGACUCCAGUACCACAGGCAUCCACACUGGGGACAUAACUAGUGACACAUAUGACCCUGUCACUGAGGACCAUGCUGAGGCAUCCAAUGUUGGUCUUGGACCAGCAGGGAUGGGCAUGAUUGCUCUGGGCGGCCUGAUGCUGCUUUUGAUGCCGCUCCUGCUGCUCAUGUGCUGCUGCAAACGGAGACAGCCCCAAGGCCUGGGGACGAGUUUUGCUCCUGUGCCUGAGGGGGGAGAAGGAGUGAUGCAGACCUGGAGAAUAGAAGGGGCCCAUCCCGAGGACAGGGAUGUUUCCAAUAUCUGUGUACCCAUGACAGCCUCCAACACCCAGGAUCGUAUGGAUUCCUCUGAAAUCUACAACAACACCUAUGCGGGUGGAGGCACAGUUGAAGGAGGUGUAUCAGGAGUGGAACUCAAUACAGGGCUUGGGACAGCCACUGGCCUCCUGGCGGGAGGAGCUGCAGAAGCAGUCAGGAGGAGGAGUUCCACCAUGGGAACCCUGCGGGAGUUUGCUGACACCGGUGUCAACACAGCUUUUUUGGAAAGCUACUUCUUAGAGAAAGCUUAUGUGUAUGCUGAUGAAGAUGAAGGUCGACCAGCCAAUGACUGCCUACUCAUCUAUGACCAUGAGGGAGCAGGGUCUCCAGUGGGCUCUAUUGGCUGUUGCAGUUGGAUUGUGGAUGAUUUAGAUGAAAGCUGCAUGGAAACCUUAGAUCCCAAAUUUAGGACCCUUGCUGAAAUUUGCUUAGACACAGAAAUUGAACCAUUUCCUUCACACCAGGCCUGCAUACCUAUCAGCACUGACCUUCCUUUGCUUGGACCGCAUUACUUUGUUAAUGAAUCUUCAGGAAUGACUCCCUCUGAAGCUGAAUUCCAAGCAGAAAUGGCAGCACCUGAACCCAUGGUUCAUGGGGAUAUCAUACUGACUGAGACUUACACGACUGUCGAUCAGUGUGUGCAGCCCACUACAAUUGUCUUUGAUCCUCAGCUUCCACCCAAUAUUAUAGUAACUGAAACAGUAAUGGCACCUGUCUAUGACAUUCAAGGGAAUAUCUGUAUACCCGCUGAGUUAGCCAACACACCCAGUGUAAUCUACGCUGAGAGAAUACUGGCUAGUCCUGGUGUACCUGACAUGAGCAAUAGCAGCUUGACUGAAGAUUGUAUAGGCCCUGUGAUGAGUGGAAGUAUUUUGGUAGGGCCAGAAAUUCAAGUGGCUCAAGUGGCAAGUCCAGACAUUCCCACUGGCCAAACCAUGGGCUCCGCAUCCCCAGUGACAUCUCAACACAGAGUAACACGAUACAGUACCGUGCAUUACUCCCAACAGUGAGUACUUGAUAGCCAGUACUCUGUAUUAAGAUUUUACAUCUUGCAAUCACCAACAUAGCCACCAAAGACACAUAAUGUACUAUAUUUAUUAUUUUAACAGGCAACAAAAAUUCAAAUAUUCUAAAUAUGAUGGCCCUCUUUGACAAUAUCUUUUUGAGGCUGAAUAUGGCUAGGGACUUGGGAUAAGCCUUUUAUAAUUAUUUCUGAUUUUAAAUAGUGUGUCAAAAAAUCCUGAAAAAAACAUAUUUCAUCCUUUACUACCGUCUAAUAAGUAGUAUAUAACUCAUUGCAAAUCCCACAGGUCUUGAGGCCUGUACAACCACUC